AUGCAAGAUCCCUCUUCAUUAAAUCAAACUGAUAUCGCAGAAAGCGUAGGUGCCUUAAGUCAUCGAAUUGUCAAUCUUGAAGCUCGCUUAUUCGGCCCCCUUCCUACGCUUCCUCCUAGCUCUCCUCCAACACAAAAACCUCAAUAUUCUGACCAAACUUCUAUAGAAAAAUUCCUCGACACAAGCUCUCAAAAAGCUCAAAAAGCACUUUUAAUGGUUACCUGGUUUUUAAUCAGGAAUUUUUAAUGAAAUUUGCUCAAUUUGGACAGAAAUUUUCCGACAUUUUCCUCACUCCCCCCCCAUCCUUGAUCGAACGAUUGACUGUAAAAAUUCCUAAAAACUGGGAAAAAAUUAACCCCCAUCCUUGAUCGAACGAUUUUCAUAUCAUGAAAAUUUUUAUAAAUAAAAAUAUAUUAGUUAUCAAAAGCUUCGGAAGAUAUACAUAAUAAAGUUGUUUUCAGAGACUUUGAGACGACAAAAAGCUUCGAAAUCAACCGUAUGAAGUGAUUCAGUCAUCAGCCUAGGCUUAAAAACUCAAUAAUCUAAUAAAAUAGAGAUUUUUUAAAAUUUUAAAAAAAAAUUAAUUUAAUCAGGAACAAAUUAAAAUUUAUAAAGUUAAUAAAUAAAAAUAUUAAAAAUUGGUAUUUUUUAUGAAAUUAAUUCAAUUUUUUGCUGUAAAAUACUCUGAACCUCUUAUUUAAAAGUAAAUAAAAAAAUAUAUAUAUAUAUAUUUUUAUAUUUUAGAUAUAAAAAUUUUUUUUAACCCCCGUCCUUGAUCGAACGAUGGCGAGUCGUUCGAUCAAGGAUGGGGGGGAGUCAGUAAAAACCCUUAGCUUUGCCAUUUUUGUUAGAAAAAUGUCUUAAGAAGAAAAAAUUCGCCCAAUAGCAUAGGAAAACGCAUUUAUCCACAAAAAAAUUGCGUCACAGUUUUAAUGAACACGCCGAACUCCAAAACAGUUUCAGCAGAAAACUCUGCACAAAAUUCUCCUAAUGAGCCAAAAAAACGAACAAGGGCAAGAGAUGAUGAUUUGGCUCGUAUUGACAAGAAAAAAGGGAACUUUAGCGGUACAAAAAGGCGCCAAAUGGAGGACCCCUCUCUUGAUUCUGAUUGUUCCCAGAAUAUGAUAAUUGAUAAUCCAAAUAGUGUAUCAGAACCUUCAGAUUUAUUUAAAACUGAUUUAUACAUUUUUCUUUAUAUUAUCCUUAUUUUUUUUAAAAAAAAUUAAUUUUUUACUUACUCCCCCUCCUCCGUGAGUGAACAAAACCAUUAGAAAAAUCGCUAUUUUUUGCCCAAAAACCCACCCUCCGUGAGUGAACAAAAAUUUUAUAAUAGAAAAAUUUUUUAUGGAAAAAAAAUUUGAUAUAUAAAUGAUAAUUAUUAUAAUGAAAUCUAGAGCUAAUUCUGUUUAAUUUUGAACGAAUUACUUUUUAAAACAUAAAUUUUAUAAAUUAAAUUAAUUUUUGCUUUCCAAUUUUUGCGAAUUAGGAUUUUUUUAAAUUUCGAAAAAAAAUAUUUUUUAUAAAAUUUAUAUAUAAAUUUUUUAAAAAAAAUAAAUUAACCCCCUCCGUGAGUGAACAAAAUUUUUUUUUUCACUCACGGAGGGGGGGGAGUUAAAUUUUCUUCCCUUUCUCUUUAUUUUCGAAUACCAUCAGACAUCAUGAUGUCUUCACUUGUUAAUUCCCUUAAUCAAAAAAUUGCAAAACUCCAACAAGAAUUAAAAAUAUUCGAAAUCUCACAAGCAGAAAACGAUAAAAAACUCGCCAGCAAAGAUGCAGCAAUUGAAAACUUAAAGCACCAGCUUGAGAAAAAAGAUGAGGAACUCAAAACACUUACUGAGGAACAUCAAAAUUUAACGAUUUCUGCUGAAAAAGGGAAAAAUGCAUUAAUUAAGUCACUGAGAGCUUAUGAGGAAAAAAAGAGACAGGAAUUGAAGGUUAAGCUGUUUAAUGAUUCUUAUAGGCUUGGGAAGGUAGUGACUGUAAGGGAGUCUGCGAAGUUUCAAGAAUAUUGGGAAGACGGGAAAGAGAUUACUGAGGUAAAAGCGAGGCUGCCAAUAAUUGCGGCACAGAAAGAACAAUUAGAUAAGCUGAAAAAGUCGAAAAAAAUUGACGAUGAUAUUGCUGCAACUUUGCCGCUAAAAUUGAAACUUCUUAAUAGAGAAGAGGCUGAAUUAAAAGAAAAAUUAUAUUUUUUUGUAUAAAUGGGGAGAAUUUAUAUUAAAAAUUGGUAAUAAUUUCCCCAAAAAUAAGCCAAUGCUUUUGCAUCUUAUAAGUCACUAUUAAAAUAAAACAAUAGAGAGGCUAGAAAGAGAGAAAAACGUCCACAUUCAAGAAUGCCGACGAAUCAAUGAAGAAGAUUCUGCAAAAUACGCAAAAGAAACUGAAGACCACGAAGCCUGACCAGUCCUCCACAAGCGCUAUCUCUUGCUCUCCCUCUUAGGAAAAGGCGGCUACAGUGAAGUCUACAAAGCUUAUGAUCUCCAAGAGCAUCUUUACCUCGCUAUAAAAUUCCACCAAUUAAACCCUUUAUGGGGCGAAGCCAUAAAAGCCAAUUAUAUCAAGCACGCCUUAAGAGAAAACCACAUUCACAGAGAACUUGACCAUCCUAGAAUAGUCAAGCAUUUUGAUACCUUAGAAAUCGAUAAUAACUGUUUUUGCACUGUUUUAGAGUAUUGCCCUGGGGACGAUCUGCAUAUGUAUAGGAAUUGCCCGAGGAUGGCACUAUCUUGCGCCAUCCUCGGGCAAUUCAAAAAAUGGCCCCACACCGGAAAUCGAACCCACGUGUGGGGCCAUUUUUGGUGCGUGUAAGUCUAUGUUGGCCACACACCAAAAAUGGCCCCACACGUGGGUUCGAUUCCCGGUGUGGGGCCAUUUUUGAAUUGCCCGAGAAUGGUGCAAGAUAGCGCCAUCCUCGGGCAAUUGGCAUAUUUGAAAAAACACAAAACUUUGACAGAAAAAGAAGCCAAAAGCGUGAUGAUACAGAUUUUUUGUGGGCUGAAAUACUUGAAUGAACAGAAAGAAAAAGUGAUUCAUUAUGAUUUGAAGCCGCAUAAUAUAUUGUUGAAUAAUGGAAAUGUAAAAAUAUUGUAUUUUAGGUGUAUAUUAAUAGGAAAAUUGUAUUUAUUUUAGGAGAUAAAAUGUUAAAAAUUCAUUUUAAUUAGAAUAACUGAUUUUGGGCUAGCCAAAGUUAUGGAGCCUAGCAAUAGUAAUAUAGAACUUACUAGUCAAGGUGUAGGGACUUAUUGGUAUCAAGCUCCUGAGUGCUUUCAGACAGGGCAUCUUCCACCUCUAAUUUCUUCAAAAGUCGACAUAUGAAGUGCUGGGGUAAUUUUUUUUGAAUUAUUGUAUGGGCAAAGACCUUUCGGUCACAACAUGGCACAAGAAAAAGUCUUGAAGAACCAGGUUAUAAUUAAUGCGACCAGUGUUGAAUUUCCGAAUAAGUCAGGAAUUUCUAAUGAAUGCAAAGAUUUUAUCAGAAGAUGCUUAGAGUAUGAUCAAGACAGGAGGUGGGACGUUAUUGAAGCUUAUAACUCGCCCUAUUUUCAAGGGAAAAAAUAA